GAAUUCACUAGGCAACUGACAGAUCGUUUUCUUAGACAGCGACGAAUGCGCAGGGUGUUCAACUCCUGGAAACUUAUCCUUCAAGGUACUUGGAAGAGUCGAUAUAUGCAACAGCUCAAAAGUGAAGCUCGCGAAGAGUUUCAACGUUUGACGGAUGAAUAUCAAAGAAACAAAAGACAGCUGGAAAAUGAACUAGAGUCUACCAGGGCAGAACUGGAAUCGACUCGAGUCAUACAGGCAGAGGAGAAUGCAACCCUGAAAAUGGCAUUAAUGCGUGGAGUCUGCGCAUUGAAUAUGGAAACUCUCACACUAUUCAAUAAGGAUGCUCGUGUACACACCGGAGACCCUCCAGUGGGCGCUCGAUUACCUGGUUCGGCACCUCCCUGUACGAACUGGGCUGGAACACGAACCUACGAUGCUACCAACGUUCAGCAAAAUUAUAUUGCCGCCUUAUCCCAACUAACGGGAUUGGACAAGAAAAAUGACCAUUCAUUGAGCCUGUCACCAAGCGGUCCUGGAGGUUUUGGAGUUUUCGGUGAACAGCCCCAUUUCCUAGAAAAUACUUCUGAAACUGAAGCUUGGCCUCGACAAAUGCCAUCUGUUUCGGACCCGAAAGUACCCCAUGAAUCGCCAAAACAUCCCUCUGCCUCACCUAUCCACCACCAGUCGAAGUAUGUAACUGAUUGGGUAGGACAAUCGACACAAAUCCCGCCUUCAUGCACCGGUAAGCCCAUUCAAAGUGCCAUCCAGGAAUCCCAACCGAAUAUCCAACCUGAACUCUCUUCUAGUUUGUCAUCAGAUUCAAACUCACACUGUGUAAUGGAAUUGCCCGUAGCAUGUACUUUAAACACGAACUCGGUGUUUUCAAAGACUGGAGCGAAAUCCCUGACGGAGCAAUUCCAAGCACACACACGUACAACACCUGCAGGUAAAACAACGGAACACGCACGCCGGGAGUUGAACAGCCGGAUGCACAGUGGAGCGUCCAGUUCUUCCUUCACCAACCUCGUGGCAAAACCACUGAUUACUCAUAGAGCGCAUACUGUCCAGCUGGGUGCUUCAUACGGUCCAUCUGCUUGCAGUUCAGCCGUCAUGGCGAGUAUUCACGUUCAAAGACAUCACCCGGUUUCGCAG